CACUCACCCAUCAAACUAGAGGUAGAUGCUAAGCCCGUCUAUUUUAUUGGCCCUGCAACGAGGGACAAUCCUUUAUCUCAAAUUCGAACCAAGCUGUUUGGAAAUGUGUACUUCAAUGAUCCGAAAAUCCAAUGGAGCCGUAUCACAUUGCAUUUUUUAGGCAAGGCAGGCUUGAAUAUUGAUGCACCAAAUCAUUCUUUACCCAGAGAGAUCAUUCAGCAGCAUGAAUUUGAUUUACAAGAGUCCAAACUCUACUCGAGUAGCACAACCCAUCUUCAGACCACGAUUACUUUAUGCGACGUUGAGAAAGAGCUUAUUUUUACGAAUGAAAAAGUGAUAGACUUUGGACUUCAUCUACCUUCUUUUUUACCACCUUCUAUUAAAACAAAGCACGCUUUUGUUGAAUAUACCCUCACAGUCACAUGCACUGCUGCAUCUACAACUGCAAACUUCAUGAUGAGUAAGAAGCAUAGGAAAACAAUCGUAACUAAAAUAAGGCCUGUGACAAUCCGUCGACAUUAUUUACCAAGUCCAAGCUCUAUGAUUGCCAGUACCAGAUUUCAUGGCGUACGCGAAUGGUUUGAGUGGACAGCUGAAGUACCCAAAGCAGCACCAGUAGAAUCCGGUGAAGCCGUGAUAGCAUUUCGAUGGAGUGUAGAGAAAGAGUUAGUUGAAGUGGAUCGCAUUGAAUCACGGUUGGAAGAGCUAGAGACUUACCGAUUCAGCACAAAAUCAGGUAUUGCACACAGCUUACCGGCCAUAGUGACUCAGUACCCUUCUUCUUUAUACUACCCACCUACAUUUUCGAAUGGCUCAGAGACGCAUUUUGUUCGCACGCCCAUUCAUGGCAAGUCUAUUCGUACGCAUCAUUUUGAUCCUUUUUUGGAGAUAACCCAUCGCCUUAAGCUUAUAGUACAUUUCAAAGCACCGCAUAUCAGAGCAACGCCAUUGGAAUUGACGUUUCCUAUGGUGAUUACGGAUUUCCCAACUCAUUCAACUUUGGACUCUUCUGUCAAUAGAACCAGCCCUCUACCAUCACCCAUUUCGCCCUCUACAUUAGCCAUAUCUUGCUCUUCUUCCUCUACAGCUACUGAUCCCAUUAGGAAUGAUCAUACUACUACGAUAAUACAACCAGGCGGUGACGAGCUGUCUUGUGUGGAUUUAGAGUUACCUGAAUACAUACCGAGAUAUGAAGAU